CCCCCCACCACCACCAUGACCGAGGGCGCGCAGGCUGCCGAGGAAGUCCGGGUGCCCCUGGGCGCUUCGCCCUCGGGCCCGGCGGCAGCGGCGGCGGAGAGGGUUUCCCCGGCGAGUCCUGGGGCGACGGGACGCGAGGAGGAGCGGGGAUCCGGUCCCAGCGUGUCUCCCCCCGAGAGCCCGGCGGCCGAGCGCGGCGCAGACCUGGGUGCCGACGAGGAACAGCCCGUCCCGUACCCCGCGCUAGCGGCCACGGUCUUCUUCUGCCUCGGGCAGACCACGCGGCCGCGCAGCUGGUGCCUCCGGUUGGUUUGUAACCCGUGGUUCGAGCACAUCAGCAUGCUGGUCAUCAUGCUAAACUGCGUGACCCUGGGCAUGUUCCGGCCCUGUGAAGACGUCGAGUGCCGCUCAGAGCGCUGCAGCAUCCUGGAGGCCUUUGACGACUUCAUCUUUGCCUUCUUCGCGGUGGAGAUGGUCAUCAAGAUGGUGGCUCUGGGGCUGUUUGGGCAGAAGUGCUACCUGGGCGACACCUGGAACAGACUGGACUUCUUCAUUGUCAUGGCUGGCAUGAUGGAGUACUCACUGGACGGACACAACGUGAGCCUCUCAGCCAUCCGCACCGUGCGUGUGCUGCGGCCCCUCCGUGCCAUCAACCGUGUGCCCAGCAUGCGGAUCCUGGUGACCCUGCUGCUGGACACGCUGCCCAUGCUGGGGAAUGUCCUCCUGCUCUGCUUCUUCGUCUUCUUCAUCUUCGGCAUCGUCGGUGUCCAGCUCUGGGCCGGCCUGCUGCGGAACCGCUGCUUCCUCGACAGCGCCUUCGUCAGGAACAACAACCUGACCUUCCUGAGGCCGUACUACGAGACAGAAGAGGGCGAGGAGAACCCCUUCAUCUGCUCCUCCCGCCGGGACAGCGGCGUGCAGACAUGCUCGCACAUUCCCAGCCGCCGGGAGCUGCGCGUGCAGUGCACGCUGGGCUGGGAGGCCUACGGACAGCUGCAGGCCGAGCUCGGGGGCGCCGGCCGCAACGCCUGCAUCAACUGGAACCAGUACUACAACGUGUGCCGCUCGGGAGACUCCAACCCCCACAACGGGGCCAUCAACUUCGACAACAUCGGCUACGCCUGGAUUGCCAUCUUCCAGGUCAUCACGCUGGAGGGCUGGGUGGACAUCAUGUACUACGUCAUGGAUGCCCACUCGUUCUACAAUUUCAUCUACUUCAUCCUCCUCAUCAUCGUGGGCUCCUUCUUCAUGAUCAACUUGUGCCUGGUGGUCAUCGCCACGCAGUUCUCGGAGACAAAGCAGCGAGAGAACCAGCUGAUGCGGGAGCAGCGGGCCCGCUAUCUGUCCAACGACAGCACACUGGCCAGCUUCUCGGAGCCCGGCAGCUGUUACGAGGAGCUGCUCAAGUACGUGGGCCAUAUCUUCCGCAAAGUCAAGCGCCGCAGUCUGCGCCUCUAUGCCCGCUGGCAAAGUCGCUGGCAAAAGAAGGCGGACCCCAGGAGCACCCUGCACGGCCAGAGCCUGGGGCAGCGGCCACGGCGGGCGGGCAGACGCACAGCCUCUGUGCACCACCUGGUCUACCACCACCAUCACCACCACCAUCACCAUUACCACUUCAGCCAUGGCAGUCCACACAGGCCCAGCCCUGAGCCUGGUGGUGGCGACACCAGGCUGGUCCGGGCCUGCCGGCCACCCUCACCACCAUCCCCAAACCACGGGCCGCCAGACUCAGAGUCUGUUCAUAGCAUCUACCAUGCUGACUGCCACGUGGAGGGGCCGCAGGAGAGGGCACGGGUGGCCCAUGCUGCAGCCGCCACCGCUGCAGGCCUCAAACUGGCCUCGGGACUGGGUACCAUGAACUACCCCACCAUCCUGCCUUCAGGAACCAUCAAUAGCAAAAGUGGUACCAGCCCCCGGCCCAAGAGGACGAGAACAGUUGGAACCCCGGGGUCUGCAGGACACAAUCCUCUGAGCCUGGGUGGCCCCAGCCCUUACGAAAAGAUUCAGCAUGUGGUUGGGGAACAGGGACUCGGCCGGGCCUCGAGCCACCUGUCGGGCCUGAGUGUGCCCUGCCCACUGCCUAGCCCCCCGCCGGGCACGCUGACCUGUGAGCUGAAGAGCUGCCCGUAUUGCGCUAGCGCCCUGGAGGACCCCGAGUUUGAAUUCAGUGGCUCGGAGAGCGGAGACUCAGAUGUCCAUGGGGUCUAUGAGUUCACGCAGGACGUGCAACAUGGCGACUGCAGGGAUCCCAUGCAGCCACCGCCGACAGCAGACGUGCCAGGCCAGGGGAGCGGGCGGCGGGGGCCGCCAAGGCAGGCAGCCCCCGGCCAGCCAAGAGGCCUAGGCCGCCUCUGGGCCUCCUUCAGCAGCAAGCUGCGGCGCAUCGUGGAGAGCAAGUACUUCAUCCGGGGCAUCAUGGCGGCCAUCCUCGUCAACACACUGAGCAUGGGUGUCGAGUAUCAUGAACAGCCCGACGAGCUGACCAGUGCCCUGGAGAUCAGCAACGUUGUGUUCACCAGCAUGUUUGUCCUGGAGAUGCUGCUGAAGCUGCUGGCCUGUGGCCCACUGGGCUACAUCCGGAACCCCUACAACAUCUUUGACGGCAUUGUUGUGGUCAUCAGCGUCUGGGAGAUCGUGGGCCAGGCGGACGGCGGUCUGUCCGUGCUGCGCACGUUCCGGCUGCUACGCGUGCUGAAGCUCGUGCGCUUCCUGCCGGCGCUGCGGCGGCAGCUCGUGGUGCUCAUGAGGACCAUGGACAACGUGGCCACCUUCUGCAUGCUGCUCAUGCUCUUCAUCUUCAUCUUCAGCAUCCUGGGCAUGCACCUCUUUGGCUGCAAGUUCAGCCUGAAGACAGACACGGGAGACACCGUCCCCGACCGGAAGAACUUCGACUCCCUGCUGUGGGCCAUCGUCACUGUGUUUCAGAUCCUGACCCAGGAGGAUUGGAAUGUGGUCCUCUACAACGGCAUGGCCUCCACCUCCUCCUGGGCCGCCCUGUACUUCGUGGCUCUGAUGACCUUCGGGAACUACGUUCUCUUCAACCUGCUGGUGGCCAUCCUGGUGGAGGGCUUCCAGGCAGAGGGUGAUGCCAACAGAUCCGACACUGAUGAGGACAAGACAUCUGCCCGCUUGGAGGAGGAUUUUGACAAGCUCAGAGACCUGCGAGCCACAGAGAUGAAGAUGUACUCACUGGCCAUGACUCCCAAUGGACACCUGGAGGGCAGAGGCAGCCUGCCUCCUCCCCUUAUCACACACACAGCAGCCACACCCAUGCCCACCCCCAAGAGCUCGCCACACCUGGACACGGCCCAUGCCCUCCUGGACUCGAGGCGCAGUAGCAGCAGCUCUGUGGACCCCCAGCUGGGAGACCAGAAGUCUGUGACCAGCCUCCGCAGCUCUCCCUGCACCCCAUGGGGCCCUAACAGCGCCGGGAGCAGCAGGCGCUCGAGCUGGAACAGCCUGGGCCGCGCACCCAGCCUCAAGCGCCGCACCCAGUGCGGGGAGCGGGAGUCCCUGCUGUCUGGCGAGGGCAAGGGCAGCACGGACGACGAGGCUGAGGACAGCAGGCCAGGCGCAGGGACGCGGCCAGAGGCCUCACCUGGGCCCCGCACCACCCCACUGCGGCGGGCUGAGUCGCUGGACCAUCGCAGCACGCUGGACCUGCGGCCCCCGAGACCUGCGGCCCUCCUGCCUGCCAGGUUCCACGAUUGCAACGGGCAGAUGGUGGCCCUGCCCAGUGAGUUCUUCUUGCGGAUCGACAGCCACAAGGAGGACUCGACGGAGUUUGACGACGAUGUGGAGGAUAGCUGCUGCUUCCGCCUGCACAAGGUCCUGGAGCCCUACACCCCUCAGUGGUGCCGCAGCCGCGAGUCCUGGGCGCUCUACCUCUUCCCGCCACAGAGCAGGCUGCGCGUCUCCUGCCAGAAGGUGAUUGCACACAAGAUGUUCGACCACGUGGUUCUUGUAUUCAUCUUCCUCAACUGCAUCACCAUCGCCCUGGAGAGGCCGGACAUCGACCCAGGCAGCACCGAGCGGGCCUUCCUCAGUGUUUCCAACUACAUCUUCACAGCCAUCUUCGUGGUCGAGAUGACAGUGAAGGUAGUGGCCUUGGGCCUGCUGUGGGGCGAGCAUGCCUACCUGCAGAGCAGCUGGAACGUCCUGGACGGGCUGCUUGUCCUAGUGUCCUUGGUCGACAUCGUUGUGGCCAUGGCCUCAGCUGGUGGUGCCAAGAUCCUGGGCGUCCUGCGUGUGCUGCGCCUACUAAGGACCCUGCGGCCUCUGAGGGUCAUCAGUCGAGCUCCGGGCCUCAAGCUGGUGGUAGAGACCCUGAUCUCCUCGCUGAGACCCAUCGGGAACAUCGUCCUCAUCUGCUGUGCCUUCUUCAUCAUCUUUGGCAUUCUCGGGGUGCAGCUCUUCAAGGGCAAGUUCUACUACUGUGACGGUGCGGACACCAGGAACAUCUCCACCAAGGCUGAGUGCCGGGCCGCCCACUACCGCUGGGUGCGACGCAAGUACAACUUCGACAACCUGGGUCAGGCGCUGAUGUCCCUGUUUGUGCUGUCGUCCAAGGACGGCUGGGUGAACAUCAUGUACGAUGGUCUCGAUGCAGUGGGCAUCGACCAGCAGCCUGUGCAGAACCACAACCCCUGGAUGCUGCUCUACUUCAUCUCCUUCCUGCUCAUCGUCAGCUUCUUCGUGCUCAACAUGUUUGUGGGGGUGGUGGUGGAGAACUUCCACAAGUGUCGGCAGCACCAAGAGGCCGAGGAGGCGCGGCGGCGCGAGGAGAAGCGGCUGCGGCGCCUGGAGAGGAGACGCAGGAGCACUUUCCCCAACCCAGAGGCCCAGCGCCGGCCCUACUACGCAGACUAUUCGCACGCACGCCGCUCCAUCCACUCGCUGUGCACCAGCCACUACCUGGACCUCUUCAUCACCUUCAUCAUCUGCCUCAACGUCAUCACCAUGUCCAUGGAGCACUACAACCAGCCCAAGUCACUGGACGAGGCCCUCAAGUACUGCAACUACGUCUUCACUGCCGUCUUCGUCUUCGAAGCUGUCCUGAAGCUGGUGGCCUUUGGGUUCCGGAGGUUCUUCAAGGACAGGUGGAACCAGCUGGACUUGGCCAUCGUCCUCCUGUCCAUCAUGGGCAUCGCACUGGAGGAGAUUGAGAUGAACGCCGCCCUGCCCAUCAACCCCACCAUCAUCCGGAUCAUGCGUGUGCUUCGCAUCGCCCGCGUGCUGAAGCUACUGAAGAUGGCCACAGGCAUGCGGGCCCUGCUGGACACGGUGGUUCAAGCCCUGCCCCAGGUAGGGAACCUUGGUCUUCUUUUCAUGCUCCUGUUUUUUAUCUACGCUGCCCUGGGAGUGGAGCUGUUUGGGAGGCUAGAAUGCAGCGAGGACAAUCCUUGUGAGGGCCUGAGCAGGCAUGCCACCUUUACCAACUUUGGAAUGGCCUUCCUCACGCUCUUCCGUGUGUCCACUGGGGACAACUGGAAUGGAAUCAUGAAGGACACGCUGCGCGAGUGCUCCCGCGAGGACAAAAACUGCCUCAGCUACCUGCCAGCCCUCUCUCCCGUCUACUUCGUCACCUUUGUGCUGGUGGCCCAGUUUGUGCUGGUCAACGUGGUAGUGGCCGUGCUCAUGAAGCACCUGGAGGAGAGCAACAAGGAGGCCCGCGAAGAUGCCGAGAUGGACGCCGAGCUCGAGCUGGAGAUGGCGCAGGGGCCCCCGGCCCAGUCUCCCCACGCAGCACGGGAGAGCCCCGGCACCGGGCCAGGCACUCCAGACCUCCCGGCAGCGCGCAAAGUGUCCGUGUCCAGGAUGCUCUCACUGCCUAAUGACAGCUACAUGUUCCGGCCUGUGGCCCCCGCUGUGGCCCCCCACCCUAACCUGCUUCAGGAGGUGGAGAUGGAGGCCUACAUGAGUGGCCCCCACUCGGGCCCGGCCACUUCUGCUCACUCGCCACCCCUGGAGCCCUGUGCCUCCCUCCAGGUCCCGUCGACCGCAUCCUCCCCGUCCAGGGGCAGCGACCCCCUACACACCCUGUCCCUGCAGGGUGCACCCCACUCCCCAAGCCUCGCUCGGAUGCUGUGCAGACAGGAGGCCGUGCACCCCGAGUCCCUGGAAGGGCAGGUUGAUGGCCCUGGAGACAACAUCCCAGACCCUGCAGCGCCUGCCGAGGAGCCCCCCGGGAGACAGGUGUCCCUGGGCACCCUGCGGUCCCCUGCCCGCUCUCCACGACCGGCUAGUGUCCGCACUCGCAGGCACACUUCUGGGCAGCACUGCGCCUCUGGCCGCCCUCCUGCCCUUGGUGGAGAUGAGGCCGAAGCAGCCGACCUGGCAGAUGAAGAGGUCAGCCACAUCACGAGCUCAGCGCACUCCUGGCCAGCUACCGAGCCCUGUGGCCCCGAGACUCCCCCCACGCCAUCCCCGGCAGUGCGAGGAGGGACACUGGGCAGUGGGCGGGAUCCGCGCAGGUUCUGCAGUGUGGACGCCCAGGGCUUCCUAGACAUGCCAGGUCGGGUGGAUGCACAGAGGUGGUCCUCGGAACUGGAUGGUGGGGACAGCCACUCAGAGUCUGGGGAGGCGCGGGCUCGGGUUUCGGAGCUUGAGCCAGCCCUCGGGGCACGCAGGAAGAAGAAGAUGAGUCCCCCCUGCAUCUCUGUGGAACCCCCCGCUGAGGAGGAGGGCUCGGCUCGGCCCCCCACAGUGGAGGGCAGCAACACCACCCUUCGGCGUCGAACCCCGUCUUGUGAGGCUGCCCCACACAGGGACUGCCCAGAGCCAGCAGAGGGCCUUGGCACAGGAGGGGACCCUGUAGCCAAGGGUGAGCGUUGGGGCCAGGCCUCCUGCCGGGCAGAGCACCUGACUGUUCCCAACUUUGCCUUUGAGCCACUGGAUGUGGGGGACCCUAGUGGAGAUAUUUUCAUGGACGGUGGCCACAGUGUGACCCCAGAACCCAGAGCUUCCUCCUUGGGGGCCAUAGUGCCUCUGGGACACCAUGAAACAGAACCUUCCGUACCCUCUGGUGAACCCCCAGAGAAGGGGCGGGGACUGUAUCUCACAGUGCCCCAGACCCACUUGAAGAAACCUGGAUCCCCCCUGGCCACCCCUACUCCAGGUGACAGUGCAGAUGAGCCCGUGUAGCUAGGGCUGGGCUCUAUGUUCACAGGGCUUUGGCACUGGGGUUGGUGGCUCCUGGCAGGGUACUAGCCCUGGGCAAGGCCAUGAGUGGACACCUCACUCAGGCCCCCCACUGAAAAAGCAAAGGGGCCCAGGGAAGAUGUCAGCCUGGGGCGAGGCAGCAAGGCGUUUGGUGCUCAUGCCACAACGCAGGAGUGGCCUCUGGCCCCGCGAGCCUCCGUGGUGGUUCAGGUUUGGGUUUUCCUGGGUUUUACCACCGCCACCUGAAGUCAUGCCAGGACCAAGUCAGCAGUCCCAGAAUGAGAGGCUGCAUCUCCCGAGUGGGAGGGCACUGCCACCCUGUCCACACAGUCCACGUAUUUUUAUAGGGAGCACACGCUUAGGCCUCUUGUGCCCUCCUCAGCAGAUGCUUGGUCCCCACAGCCACCACGACCAACGGUCCCUUCACUCACAGUCUUGAGUUUUUUGUCUGUCACCCCCAGCAUCCCCUCUGCCCACAGCACUCACCUCGCCCCAGUCCAUCCGCUUGGAUGUUUAAGAAACAUCCCAGUGACGCUGGGAAUGGCCACCUCACCAAGGAGUUGGGAGCAGCGCAAUAAGAUGUCCAGGUCCCACCCUCAUGGGGCCUCCCGUCCAUCCUCCGCCUGUUGGCCUCAAGAUUCACUUGACAUGUUUGUUUCAUUUUGUUUGUUUUAUAAAUUCAGGUUAAAUGUUGCAAUAAUUUGAUGUAGAAAACUCGGCUUCCGAAGUCAAGGUUGGGGGGGGGGGGCGGACAGAGCAGAGCAAAUAUUUAAGGAGUGCACUUUGCAUAUCAGAGUCAGGGGUCUGUGGUCCUGGGGGAGGGAGGUCCCAGCCAGCACUUGGCCACCAGCACCGCCGAGACAAGCAGCAGGAGGAGGACUGGCAGGAAGAGGCUAGCCAGCAGCAGGAGCCAGUGGAGCGCCCUCAUUCCUGGUCCUGUUAGUUCCGGGACAUGGUGGCGGAUCCAGUUUACGUAGGCAGGGACUCGUGUGUACACCCCGGGCCGAUCAGGGCGGCCACAGCCCUCGCCCCAGCUUACCACACCAGCCUGAAGCCAGGUCCCAGCCACCUGGCAGACCAGUGGUCCCCCGGAAUCAUCCUAAGGGCAGAUCAGAGAGCAGAGGACACCCAAGUACUUGGGCAGCCCCUUGCUGGGCUCUAGCAUCUGCCAUGCCCCCUUGUGCCUAGCCGGCUCACCUGACAGGCGUCCCCAGGGCCUUGGGCACACAGCAUGUCUGGCUGAAUUCUGCUGCCGUUGGGGCUGGCGUAAGCCUGGCUGCACGUCUGCGUAUCCACCACAGAGACUUCUGCCUCUUGUAGCUUGUAUGGGGGCCGCAGGGGCUCUGGGGAAGGGUCGGGCUCAGGGGAACUCGAGAUACCAGCCCUGCCCUGGUGGGGGGGGACAGGGAUGUCCCUUCACAGGUACAAGUCACCCACCACAGUAGCUUAGUGCAAUCCCCCAGUCUGCAGGACAAAUGUGGACCUUUGUGGAGACCAGCUGUAAUGGCCACUAGGAGCCUGUGGUGGCACCAGAGGGCCCCGUCUUUCCCAAUGGUCCUUGCUUUUUCUCCCCAUAGGGUAGUUACAAGGGAAGGGGCUUCUCACCUCCCUCCCGCGUGUAGCCCCAGCCUGUCACCCAGCACCGCGUUCCAGCGUGGAAGUCAGCUGAGGCCUCGGGGAGGCACACGGGUUGGACCUGUCUGGAGAAGGACACUGGGGCACCCAGCUGCACCAGAGCUAUGUCGCCGCUGGACCCCGGGGGUCCCGGGGAGCUAGCGUACAGGACAAUGUGCCUCACCGUGGAGAAAUGGGGGGACAGGGUGAUUGUCAAUGCUCCCAGGUGUACCUCGUAGUCAGAGGAGUUUAGGGACCUGGGAAGGCAGGGUAUGGUGUGUGAGGGUUAGCACUCAGACCAAAUCUGGCCCACCCAGCCUCCACCUUUGCUGGGUUCCAACACCCAACGACACUCCUCAGCUUCAGGUAUCAGAGUAACAGCUGUACACCUGGAGCCUGAACCUGGUAGCACCCCACUCCAGGGCCCAGGAACGGCAUGCUGUCUGACACUAACCUAGCACCAUCCGGGCACUCAGAGGGACUGAUCAGGUGUCCAGGACACCGGGUGGCAGCUUUGGACUGGCUGAGCUUAGGGAACUCCCAGUAUGGGGUGGUCUGGUGGCCGGGAACACCUUCAGGCCCAGGUGACCUUAGAGUGUCCAGUCCUGUGCUGGCUGGAGGAGGACCCAAGCUGCCCUUGAAGCUGCAGCUGGCCACAAGUGGGCAGACUAACAUCAUCUUCCCUUUUCACCAAAGGGUUCCCAAGUGAACGCCCAGCACAGUGCUGCUGGUUUCCACUGCCCCACAGGCCUGGCAGUCAGGCCUUACCUGGUCACUCACCCGGAGAAGCAGUGAGCAGCUGUGAGCACCCAUUCCGGGUUGAGCAGGGAGCCUCCACACACGUGCACCUUCCGCAAGCGGAUGCUUGCCUGCCACGGCCAUGCACCAGCUAGGGCAGCGUGACCUCCCACAAUUCGGCCCCCUGUGUAUGGAAUCUGGGGCCAGCCACACACUGAGCCAGAGGAAUGGCAGUUAGCUGGGGAUUUCAGAGGCUGGAUUUCUGCUCAGUAUCCCUCGAGGAAGCCCUGUCCCAGAUUCUCUGGGGAGUUCCCUGUAUCAGCCUCCCACUUGCUGGACCCUCGCCGGAAGCACUGUGAGGGCAGGAAAAAAAAAAGACACCCCAGGAACGAGCUGGUGGGCCUUAGUGUCCACACCAUGCCCCGCAGGAUGCAGCAAGGCUCCUCGUCUCCAAGGAGUUGGGUGAGGAAGGGGCUCCAAGUGAUGUGUGGGAAGUGACGGCUUUGUAGGAGCAAGGCUUUGUUUCAGGGUGAUGAACGUUUGGAACUAGGUGGAAGUGGCGUCAUACAACACUGCAAAUGUAUUAAAUGCCACCUGCUCCAUUCUAUCAUGUAAAUUUUAACCUCAAUAAAUUUAUUUCUAAACAAA